AUGGCUAGUUUCGGUUCCAUGCCGGCCUUAUCGACCGGAGCCGCCCCGGGUUCAGAUGCCGUGAGGCUGGAUGCCUCGGGCAUGGACGCAUUCGAUCCGAACAUGGCUUUUGAUGAGUCGCUCCUUUACCUCCCUGCAAGCGACCCCGUCCACGGGCUUCCAAAUCUCCCCUACACUCCAACCGGCUACGAAUUCGAGACUUUUGGCACUACCUUUGACGACCCCUUUUCAUACCCGGCCCGAGGCUUUGACGGCACAACCAUCGGUGCAUUAGACGCCGACGCCUACAAUGGCGAAGUCCUGUCCCCACAAGACCUCGACAACAAGCUCCUGGGCUUUGGCCCGCCCAUUCCCGGCAAGGCCACGCUGAUUGGUGAGGCUGGCCAGUUCGUCGAGCCAAACAUGACGGGCGAGCUGUACGGCAUGUUCUUCGUUGCCGAGGAUGUCUUCGGCGCCGACCACAACACGGGCCGCCCGCUCGAGCUGACGUGCUAUCGCCGAAACUUGUGGCAAAUCUCGGGCCAAAUCACGCUGCCGCGUCAUGUGGCGCACUAUGUGGACGACCAGGGACGGCAGGAGCCCGCUGUCGAGCUGGCGGCGUCCAUCUCGGCGAUCGAGAGUAUCGAGGGCAAGGCCACCGAAAUUAUCACGAUUCCGUGGAAGAGCAGUAAUGCGGCGUUAGUGGCCGAAGAACCGAAGAUGCCCAGCCCGCCGCCGAUUGUGUCACUUGAUCUGAGCAGCGGACAGGAGGUGGAUGGUAGUCAUGUGUCGGUGCCCGUGUCGUGGAAGAGAUUGCAGUUCAAGCAUGCCACGGCAAAUAACGGCCGCCGAAAGGGCCUACAGCAGCACUACGUGGUGCAAAUUAACCUGCUGGUGAAGACGAAGAAUGGGGAGCACCUCAAGGUCGCCGAGAUCCAGUCCGGGCCCGUCAUCGUACGAGGCCGCAGCCCUAGAAAUUUCGACGGCCGUAGGGACGUGCCCCUGUCGGGGGAUAGAAGGGCGAUGGAGAGAAGGGCAACUGACGGGUCCUACGGCCCUGCCGGAGGCAGCUCAAAGCAGCACCAGAAUAGUCAGCACGCAAAGGAAGAGCGCCCGGAGACAGCACAGAACUCUCAACGCUAUCAUUCGGUGGGAAAUGCCCAGACAAACUCCGAAUGGUCAACGCCUCGCCCCUUCCCCACGCCCAGCCCGCAGCAUCCAAGCAAGAAAAUGGCCAUUUCCUCUCCUAGUCUUCAACGCCCGCCAGUACCAUCCUGGGGAGCGCUAGACAGCUCCUCUGUCGGCAUGGGAAAUAGUUUUGUCAACAAUUACAAUAACAACAGCAACAACAACAUACACACACCAGCAGCCUCUGCCUCUUCUGCCGCCACCAGGUCCCAACGGAGCACCACUGCUCCCGCUGCACCCCAAACGCUCCCAAUCAACCUCUCCCUAUCUGAAGACGAACGUAGCCCAAAUAGGUCCAACUCGGCCGAUAGCGCGCAAAGCCCCCAGUUCACCAAGACCUCGGCGUCGCAUUCUGCCAGCGGACAGCAAGGCCACGCAGCUUCGGGGUCUCAAAACGCUACUCUGACCAGCCCGCUGGAGCCGGCGGAUAUGUUGUACGAGUAUUUCCCUCUUAGUUUGGACGAUUGGAUGCCCCCCGUGGACGCCAUCUACCGCCCGCACGUGGUCCAUCACAUUGUUAUCCCGCCCGAAGUCAAGGCGCAGCAGAUGAGAAGCAAGACCAAAAGGUACUUUGCCGCCGAGUAA